UCAAAUUCAAAACUAGAAGAGCUGAAGAAUGGAGGAGGUAUCCCAACCAGGUUUUCGCUUUUACCCAACUGAAGAAGAGCUAGUUUCCUUCUACCUGCACAAAAAACUUGAAGGGACGAGACCAGAUGUGCACCGGGUUAUCCCUGUUGUUCCGGUUUAUGACAUAGAACCUUGGAACCUUCCAAAGCUUGCAGGAGAGCUGUGUCAAGGAGAUACAGAGCAAUGGUUUUUCUUUACGCCAAGACAGGAAAGAGAAGCCAAGGGAGGACGACCCUGCAGAACAACAGUUUCUGGGUACUGGAAGGCAACCGGCUCUCCUGGCUACGUUUAUUCAUCGGAUAACCGGGUGAUUGGAGUAAAGAAAACAAUGGUUUUCUAUAAGGGAAAGGCUCCAACCGGAAGGAAAACCAAAUGGAAGAUGAAUGAGUACAGGGCCAUUGAAAUAGAAACAGGCCAAUCUAACACAGUAGUUCCCAAGUUGAGGCAUGAAUUCAGUUUGUGCCGAAUGUAUGUGAUCUCGGGAAGCUUCCGGGCAUUUGAUCGGCGCCCAAAAGUGUCGAUACGAAUGACACAGAAUGUUGUUGAUGGGGCUGCAAGUACACCACCUCAGAAUGCCACAGUAGUUGAGAAAACAAGCUCAUCUGAUACUUCCUUUUCUGGAGGAGACCAUGCUGAUCUCCAAGAAGUUGCAGGAAGUAUCUGCUGGGACAUAACUGAUACUCUAGAACCUCUCUGGGAAUGGGAACCGUUAAAUUGGCUCUGAGUCAAGCCAUGUGCAGAGACCUGCAGCAGCCCUGUUGAGCAACACUGACACUGUCCUAAACUUGAGGACACAAACACUUGAAUAGCUUACUUUAGAUGCCAUAGAUUCUUCCCUUAAUUCAUUCAUAAAGGGUGCGGAGGAGUGAGUUAGGAAAUGGAGAUGUUAGUCUAAGUAAUUGAAAUUAUUUUUACUGGAAAACUGAAGCUAGGAAUAAGAUGCAAGGUGAGAAAGGGAAGUUUGGGUGUAGCAGAGCAAAUUGUUGGGUGAAUUCAGCUCUAAUCAGUUUCAAGAUUGUCUGUUGACAUCCUUCAACUGUAUUGGCAUCACCUUUUCUCUCUCCAAUUGCUCAAACAUGUCAUAUUCAAAAUCAACUAAAAGCUAUAUAAUAGCAAAAGUAGAAGGGAAAAGGUAACAGAAAAA